AUGAGCAGAGUCUCCCGUGAGCGCCUGGACUCCGAGUCCUGCUCCCGGGCACUCUCCCAGGCCCGAAUGUACCUCGAACAGAUUCGGAGCCGUGUCUCUCCAGGGGGCCCUGAUGUGCAUGGAGCUGGGAAGCGGGAUUACCUGGUGGAUGCAGCAAAGCAGAUCCGCCUGGCACUGGAGCGGGAUGUGAGCGAGGACUAUGAGGAGGCUUUCAAUCACUACAAGAAUGGCGUGGACGUGCUGCUCAGCGGCGUGCAGGUUGACCCCAAUAAGGAGCGCCGUGAGGCUGUGAAGCGGAAGAUCACACAGUACCUGAAACGGGCUGAGGAGAUCUUUAACUGCCACCUGCAGCGGACUCUGGGGAACGGGAGUUCCACUGCCACGGGCUACAGCAGCCUUCGCUUUCGGCCCAUCAGGACACUCAGCUCGGCUGUGGAGAACCUGAGGCGCUGCAAGGUUGUGGGAGUGAUUGAGAAGGUGCAGCUAGUCCAGGAUCCAGCCACUGGGGGGACCUUUAUACUUAAGAGCCUCCCCAAAUCCCACGUGGAGACCCGUGAGCGGCAGACCAUCAUCCCGCACGGAGUCCCCUUCAUGGCCAAGCUGCUGCGCUACUAUGUGAGCGAAGACUCCAUCUUCCUCCACCUGGAGCAUGUGCAGGGGGGGACUCUCUGGUCCCAUCUCCACUCCCGGCCUUGUUUACAGCAAGGUUCUUUCGAUGUCCCCAGUAGCCUAAUCCCAAAGCCCAACUCCGCUCUGGUGGGCCAUGGUGAGGAGCAGCAAGUAGGAACCUGCUCGGGGGCUGGCUCUCAGUCCAGCCAGAGCUCCAGCUUCUGCCCGGAGAAUGGCACUGACCUCCCAACCUCUGCGAAUCGCCACCCACCAGAAAUUGCUAACCAAUCGUCCUCUUGGGAGCAGUCACCUGACCACAUGGAUGCCAGACCAGGGACUGGUUGCAGGUUCCAUACUGGAUCCGCCGCCAAUGGCUAUAAGGGAGUUACUGGGGGGAAGGAUUCAAGUGCAACACACACUCUGUUUGGUGUCACUGAUUCUGUCUUCAUGGCAAUGGCCAAGGGAUGCAGCCAUCUGACCAACCAGAGCUUGGCCUUCCAGUCAUGUGACUUGUUAACCAGCAGUGAUGGUGUCAGCAGUGUAUCAGAGAGGGAAGCUUCUCAGCAGGACACACGGCUACUGGCUGAGGAAAGGCCAUCCCAGUCUCCUGCUGCAGUCCCGAAGGCUAUGGGAGGAGGCCACCUGGUGAAGGUGGAACCUCGAGUUUGCCAGGUGUCUGAUGCUCCCUGGGCUCAGCCCACACGGUCCCUAGUGGCUCCCCCAGGACAAAGGCAGCUGCAUCCUGGAACCACCCUGUACAGCUCCUGCGAGUCCUACUGGUGUGACUCUGGGGGGCAGGAGUUGUUGAGGAGCAUCUCAAGGGCCCGAGAAGGAGCAGGCCAUGGUCAGCACAGAGAGCAUCCAACUGCAGGACAGCGUGGGCCUCCAACCCAUUGCUCUUUCCUAGGGGAUGGCCAGGGGACCUGGGAUGUGAACGAGGAGCUCAUCCGGCUGUGGGCAGCCGAAAUGCUCUUGGCACUGGAGGGACUCCAUCAACAGGGGGUGCUGUGCCGGGAUCUCAACCCCAGAAACCUGCUGCUAGAUGGUGCUGGUCACGUCCGUCUCACCUUCUUUGGCCAAUGGACAGAGGUGGAGCCACAGUGCUGCAGCCAGGCCCUAGAAGAUAUGUACAGCGCCCCAGAAGUGGGUGGGAUUUCUGAGCUGACUGAGGCCUGUGACUGGUGGAGCUUUGGGUCCCUGCUGUAUGAGUUACUGACAGGAACGUCGCUGUCCCAGAGCCACCCCUCGGGGAUUCACCCUCACACCCAGCUGCACCUUCCGAAGAGGCUCAGCCUGCCUGCUGCAUCCCUGCUCACUGAGCUGCUGCAGUUUGAUCCCAAGCGACGCUUGGGCUCUGGAGGAGGCGGAGUCAACAAGCUGAAGAGCCAUCCCUUCUUCAGUACCAUCCAGUGGAACAAGCUGGUUGGCUAG